UUGAUUUUCACGAUUCCCCCCCAGAAGGUCUGAAAACGAGUGGCUUUCAGAAAAUUUCAUAUUUAGCUCCAGAACUGCACAAGAACCCUUUCAUAAGUUCGAAUUCAAUGGACGUUCGUGCGCACUAUUUAGCUCUGUGCCCUCAGUGCUGACAUGGCCCACAGAUACCUCCACCUCUCCAGAGGCUGCAGGAACCUUUACAGCGUUUUUCUGCCCAAUUUCAGAUCACCAAAGGCGGCGCGACUGGUACCUACCCAGCCUGAGGCUCUGCAGAAACGAGUGUUGCUUUCUCAGGUGCUGGACACGUACCGAAGGUUAUGCUCAAAGCCUCCGAAAGGAUUUGAAAAAUACUUCCCGAAGAACGGCAGCCCAAAGAAUGGUGAGCCCAAACCCUCCAACGCAGAGGCCCAAGAGGCCAAGCCGAACAACGGACAGAAGAACUCUGGGAAGUCUGAUGGUGGGGGCGGAGGCAAAAAGGGAGGAAAGAAGGAUGAAAACACCUGGUUCAACCGGAUACAAAAGGGGGAUAUUCCGUGGGACGACAAGGACUUCCGCAUGUACGUCAUGGUUUCGGCGACUUUCUGGGUAGCAGUCGGUUAUUUCUUCUUCCGUGAUGCAGGAAAAGAAGUCACCUGGAAGGACUUUGUGAACGGCUACCUGGCUAAAGGAGUUGUCGACAGGUUGGAGGUUGUGAACAAGCGCUUUGUGAAAGUCGUCUUCUCUCCAGGGAAGGCGGAAGCUGAUGGGAAAUACGUGUGGUUCAACAUUGGCAGCGUGGACACGUUUGAGCGUAAUCUGGAAACCGCUCAGAUGGAGCUGGGUAUCGAAGGGGAGAACAGACUGCCUGUGGUUUACUCCACUGAGAGUGAUGGCUCGUUCCUCCUCAGCAUGCUUCCCACCGCGCUCAUCAUCGGCUUCCUGCUCUUCAUGCUGCGGCGAGGGCCAGCGGGUGCCGGACGGCCUGGCAGGGGCAUGGGCGGCCUGUUCAGCGUCAGCGAGACCACAGCUAAAGUGCUGCGUGACGAGAUCGACGUCAAGUUCAAGGACGUGGCCGGGUGCGAAGAGGCCAAGCUGGAGAUCAUGGAGUUUGUUAACUUCCUGAAGAACCCCAAGCAGUACCAGGACCUUGGGGCCAAGAUCCCUAAGGGUGCCAUUCUGACCGGACCUCCCGGAACUGGGAAGACAUUGUUAGCGAAAGCGACUGCAGGCGAAGCGAACGUCCCUUUCAUCACCGUUAACGGCUCUGAAUUCCUAGAAAUGUUUGUGGGCGUCGGUCCAGCCAGGGUUCGAGACCUUUUUGUCCUGGCACGCAAGAACGCCCCCUGCAUCCUGUUCAUUGACGAAAUCGAUGCAGUGGGGAGGAAAAGAGGCAGGGGCAGUUUCGGAGGGCAGAGUGAGCAGGAGAACACACUCAAUCAGCUACUAGUGGAAAUGGACGGGUUUAACACUGCCACUAAUGUCGUGGUUCUGGCUGGUACCAACAGACCAGACAUCCUGGACCCAGCGCUGCUGAGACCCGGACGCUUCGACAGGCAGAUAUUCAUUGGUCCUCCAGAUAUCAAAGGCAGAGCGUCGAUAUUUAAAGUUCAUCUGAGACCACUGAAGCUGGAUGCAGAAUUGGACAAGGAGACUCUAGCUAGAAAGAUGGCUGCCCUAACACCUGGCUUUUCAGGUGCCGACAUUGCUAACGUGUGUAAUGAGGCGGCGUUGAUCGCAGCUCGCCACCUCUCUGACGCCAUCACACAGAAACAUUUCGAGCAAGCUAUUGAGCGUGUGAUCGGAGGCUUGGAGAAGAAGACGCAGGUGUUGCAGCCUGAGGAGAAAAAGACAGUAGCGUACCAUGAGGCGGGACAUGCCGUCGCCGGGUGGUACCUGGAGCACGCAGACCCUCUGUUAAAGGUGUCCAUCAUCCCACGUGGUAAAGGUCUGGGCUAUGCUCAGUACCUCCCAAAAGAGCAGUACCUCUACACCAAGGAGCAGCUUCUGGACCGGAUGUGCAUGAUGCUCGGCGGCCGUACCUCUGAGGAGAUCUUCUUCGGUCGCAUCACUACUGGAGCGCAGGACGACCUGAGGAAGGUGACACAGAGCGCGUACGCACAGAUCGUACAGUUUGGGAUGAACGAGAAGGUGGGUCAGGUGUCGUUCGACCUCCCGCGGCAGGGAGAUCUGGUUCUGGAGAAGCCGUACAGCGAGGCGACGGCCCGUCUGAUCGAUUCAGAGGUGCGGGAUCUUAUUAACAAUGCCUAUGAACGCACAAAGAAGCUGCUAACAGAGAAGAAGAUGGAUGUGGAAAAGGUGGCGCUACGCCUGCUGGAGAAGGAGGUGCUGGAUAAGAACGACAUGGUGGAGCUCCUGGGAAAGCGGCCGUUCGCCGAGAAGUCAACGUACGAGGAAUUUGUGGAGGGCACAGGAGGACUGGACGAGGACACAUCACUUCCUGAAGGACUGAAAGACUGGAAUAAGGAACGAGGGAGCGAGAAGGAGGAGAGCAUAGAGGAGCAGGUGGCGCGACAGCUCUCAGGCAGCAUGCCGUUCUAAAGGCAGUCCUCCACCAGAGGGCGGGAGUAGAGAGUGGGAAAUUUAACGAGGUUCAGGUUAGUUGGGGCUUGUCAUGUGACUUACUUUGCUGAGCCACAUACAGACCUUCAUCCUAUCACGGCUUGGCGUGUGCUGCAUAGCUGAAGAUGGAGAGGUGAUUAUUGAAAUUGCAGGUGGGUUUUUGGGGCAUGCCUCUGAAGAUCUACAUUUUUGAAUUUUGCUUCACUGACUGAGAUGAGCAGAUGUGACGUAUGAUGAUUUUUUUUCUUAAGAAAUGUGAUUAAAGGAAAUUCAGGAAAAAAAUCCUUGAAUUAAAUUAAAAUAUUCCUGGUCAUAGUUGCUUCUGUGAAGAUCUCGCAUCAUACAGUGCAUCACUCACGUCUGCUUUGUAAAUCAGAUCAUAAGGAAAGCAACACAAUGUUUUCGCUAGACGUGUUCACUAUACAAGAAACAAGUCGAUUUCUAGCAUAAAGCAUGAGGUCAUCUUAACGCUGUCGUCGAGCACUUGGCGACUGCAGUGUCUGCAGCUGUUUCAAUUUUUAAAUUUAAAGGAAUACUUGAGUGUUGUUUAAUCUAAAGUCUAUCUGUAGUGUGUGUGUGGUGCAGUUACAAAGUGGCUUCCUGGUACUGAAGAAGGAAUUUAUAAUGAUUCUAUAAGGAACUUGUACAUUAAUUUCCAUCAAACUUAUAAGAUUUAAUGGCAGUUGUUGGCUCGGUGGAUAUGAAGCGUAAUUUUAAAGAACAUUUUCAUGAAUUGUUUGCUUUGAGUUAUUUGCAAAUUUAAGCCAAAAGUUGCACGAUUCACGAGUCUCGAGUAAUAAAUCAGAAAGCUACAGACUCCUGAUCAGUAACAGUUAUGCGCUAGGGUUAUAAAAUUAGGGAAAAACUUUACUCUCGUGUCUGGUGUAAAGUUUUGACUUUGUGUUCGUCACAUUUUAAACCUUUAUCAACUGUGUCAUUUUUAAGUAAACGGGUUUUUGGUUGUUUUCUCAGUACAGGGAAACGACAGAUGUUGUGGAUGGAUAUUGGAUUAAAAACACUGGAAUGUUGCUUUAACUGGUCCAGAGUGGGCACUUAACAUCAUCUGUGCGUUUUCUAUAAGCUGUUUUAUUUAUACAUACAUACAUACAUACAUACAUCUCAAAGUGAUCCUAACUUUUGUUUUGGCUUCAUAGUAAUUUUAUCUACAGUGGUAUGCAAAAGUUUGGGCACCCCUGGUCAAAAUUGCUGUUACUGUGAACAGUUAAGCAAGUUGAAGAUGAAAUGAUCGGCAAAAGGCAUAAAGUUAAAGAUGACUCGUUCUCCUUUAUAUUUUAAGCAAAAACAAUUUUUUUUUAUUUUCAUCUUUUACAUUUUCAAAAUGACAAAAAAGGAAAAGGGCCCGAAGCAAAAGUUUGGGCACCCUGCAUGGUUGGUACCUAGUAACACCCACUUUGUCAAGUAUCACAGCUUGUAAACACCUUUUCUAGCCAGAUAAUAAUCUUUCAGUUCUUACCUGGGGGAUUUUCACACAUUCGUCCUUGCAAAAGGCUUCCAGUUCUACAAGUUUCUUGGGCUGUCUUGCAUGCACUGCUGUUUUGAGAUCUAUCCACAGAUUUUCAAUGAUGUUUAGGUCAGGGGACUGUGAGGGCCCGGGCAAAACCUUCAGCUUGGGCCUCUUGAGGUAUUCCAUUGUAGAUUUUGAGGUGUGUUUUGGAUCAUCGUCUUAUUGUAGGACCCAUCCUCUUUUUAACUUCAACUUUUUUACAGAUGGUGUGAUGUUUGCUUCCAGAAUUUGCUGGUAUUUAUUCGAAUCCAUGCUUCCCUUGACCAAUGAAAUGUGCCCUGUGCCACUGGCUGCAACACAACCCCAAAGCAUGAUCGAUCCACACCCAUGCUUCAGAGUUGGAGAGGUGUUCUGUUCCUGGAGUUUGGCACCCUUUUUUCACCAAAAGUCCCUUUGCACACUGUGGCCAAAAAGUUCUAUUUUGAUUUCGUCAGUCCACAGGACUUGUUUCCAAAAUGCAUCAGACUUAUUUAGAUGUUCAUUUGCAAACUUCAGACGCUGAAUUUUGUGGCUAGGUUUUCUUCUGAUGACUCUCCCAUGAAGGUCAUAUUUGUUCAGGUGUCGCUGCAUAGUAGAACAGUGCACCACCACUCCAGGGUCUGCUAAAUCUUUCUGAAGGUCUUUUGCAGUCAAACAGGGGUUUUUAUUUGCCUUUCUAGCAAUCCAACGAGCAGUUCUUUCAGAAAGUUUUCUUCAUCUUCCAGACCUCACCUUGAUCUCCACGGUUUCUGUUAACUGCCAUUUCUUAAUAAAAUUACGAUCUGAGGAAACGGCUACCUGAAAACACUUUGCUACGCUCUUGUAGCCUUCUCCUGCUUUGUGAGCAUCAAUUAUUUUAUUAUUCAGAAUGCGAGGGAGUUGCUUAGAGGAGCCCAUGGCUGUUGAUAUUAGGGACAAGUUUGAGGAGUCAGAGCAUUUAUACAGCUUUGAAACCUGCAUCAUCUGACCUUUCCUAACGAAGAAUUUGAACAAGCCACAGCUCAAUAAGCUAAUUAAGGUCUGGAACCUUGGUAAAAGUUACCUGAGAACCAAAAUGUAUUAGGGUGCCUAAACUUUCGCAUGCUGUUCCUUUUCUUUUUUCACUCUCCAAUUGUACAAAACAAAAAUAAUAUACAAGUCUUGCAGAAAACACUGAAAAGAAAUGUCUCGUCUUUACCUUUAUGCCUUUUGGUGAUCAGUUCAUCUUCUGCUCACAGUAACAGACGUUUUCAGUAAGGGUGCCCAAACUUUUGCAUGCCACUGUAGUGUACUACAUGCCGGUUUCCUUCUAGAAGAGGCAUAAAAGAGAAGCAACAGCUGUUUAUAACUGCUGUAACAUAAGUGGCAAGUACAACAUCCUUGUUUUUGAAUGUUCCUUUGUGGCAUUUAAUUCUUUUAAUUAAUAAAAAAAAAAAUGCACUUGU